AUGCUCCACAAACUCUACAUGCUCAUACUUUGUAUUUUUAAUAUACAAAAUACCCAGAGGUGCAUACUCAACACACGAAUAGAUUUUGGACAACCUCUUCCUGUGAUCUUGCGAAAUGGGAAGCUUUUAGAACCCGAUGAUAAUAAUGGUAAUGUUAUUCUAGAUCAUGGCGAUGUCCUAACAAUAAGCUGUGGAGAAUACAGGUCUAUAAGACAUCCAAAUGCAAUACAGGAAGUACCUACAGCAAUCGUAUCAUGCGAAUCUGGCGAUAGAUUCAAAAACGACGCGUUGCUAAAUUUUCCGGGAAGUUUCUCAUUAUUUCAUUGUAACGAUGCUCCAGACUAUCAUAGCAGACGCACGAAUCGUACGUGUUUUGAAGGAUUACCUAUAAUAGAAGUCGGAUAUACUAUCCACAAUGAAUUUUAUCCAUCGUACGAGACCUGUUUCAAUGAUGUGAUGUUUAACCCAAUUUAUUCCAAGUAUACACAGAAACCAUAUAAUGCUUUGUAUCAAACGCACGUGGAAAGACCCUAUUUUCAAGAUAAUUACAAUUACAAAAACAUUCCGGUGGAUUCUUUAUUUUCGCAGAUAGGUCAAAGAGCAGCGGUGGCACAAAUGGUCGGCCCAUUAAUUGACACCUAUAUAAAUAAGAAUGAAUAUCUAUCGAGAGGCCAUCUAGCAGCUAAGACGGAUUUCGUUUAUGCGUUCACAGAGCGUGCUACAUUUCAUUAUGUGAACUGUGCGCCACAAUGGAGCGGGCUAAACGGUGGCAAUUGGAAUACUCUGGAAGUGAAGCUCCGUGAUCAUAUACAUCAUGUCGGUUAUAACACAGUCAUAUAUACUGGUACCUAUGGUGUCACUCAACUUACAAAUCAAUAUGGUCAGAGAGUCGACCUCUAUUUGCAUCGUGGUGCUAAUCCAAAUGUUGGUAUACCCAUCCCACAAUAUUUUUACAAAGUUGUGUAUGAACCUAGUAGUAAAAGGGGGAUAGCAUACGUCGGUAUCAAUAAUCCAUACUACAGUCUAAGAGAAGCUAAGGAUAUGUUCUUUUGUCAGGAUAUGUGCCGGAAUAAUAACAGUUUUUCCUGGUUGACCUGGCAUCCCGACAAUCCAUCUGAGGGAUAUACUUUUUGUUGUUCAAUCCCAGAUUUUAGAGCUACUAUUAAUCAUUUACCUUAUUUUGAUGUCUGUGGUGUUCUUAUAUAA